AUGUACCUCCAAUCGUUGCAUCACGCCCCAGGAAACCCUCAAUUAGGACACAGUCAAGAUGAUCAUUCAAACAGCUCUUCAAAAUCUUCUGAAUCUCCCAAAUCCCCUCUUCCUCACAAUGUCAUUUCUCAAUUUUCAACCUCGGCUCCAGCUCAAUUGCCAACCCCAGCUCCAACUGAGGUGUUUCCAUUUGAAUGCCAUAUCUCAUACGCGCUAUACUUGGAGCAGCAAAACCAAAAGAAGGAGAUGACCUGGAAACCAGCCAAAUCAAACAAUCCUAAGCUCUCAUUUCUGAUCAACCCAAAUGAACUUGCCUUCAAGGAGUUCAAAAAGGAUGUUGUGUCAGCGUGUAAUGCCGCUCUUUUCGGUGUUGAUAAGACAAUUGCAAAAGCUGGCAAGAAAGGCAUUCCAGCAAUUGAAUGGAAAGCGUUUAUCCCAAAUCAUCGAACCCACUCCACGAAGGGCGGGAGUGUUCCCGAGUCAAGAAAACCCAAACAAGAAGAAAGUCAAGGCCCACCACGAGAGCCUGAUUGCAAAGACGAACCAUCGACUCAAUGUAAAGAAGGCUCAAGUGACCAGGCAGGCGUUGAUAACAACAAUGAUGAAGAAAUGGAUGAUGAUUCAGACAACAAGGGUUUGGUGAUCCAAGAUCAAGAGCUCUACAUGUCCCAAAUUUACGCAAGAUACGGCAUGAAUAAAGAUUACGACCGCUUCAAUCCUGCCUAUCCACAUCUGACCAAUGUUUCAAAGUACCUCCCUUUGACAGAUGGUAAUGUGCGCAAGUGGGCAGAUGUGUUGCUUGCAAGAAAAACUGGGGUCUUGCUUUUAUCCCCUCCUUCCAAUCUUGUAUUCUGA